AUGGGAAUUGGGCCCUUGUCACAGAAUGCCGGAAAAAAGCCAACUGGUAGAGUCAAGCUUGACUGGUACGCCUUGGAACAGAAGGAGAGGAGAGACCAGCGAAAAGUUCUAUUAUUGGGCACCGGAGAUUGUGGUAAAACGACUUUUUGGAAGCAAAUCAAGUAAGUUUUUGCAUUUUUUCCCGAUAAAAAUUGCCGUUUUUUGCAGAAUUCGCGAGGGCGGGUUCGGCAAUCCAGCGAAAACGUGGCUGAAAAGCGUUAUAACCAGCAAUAUUGUUCACGGAAUGGUCGCACUUUUGGAGGCGAUGAGAGAAUUGAAUCUCGAAUUUGAAAACGCCGCCAGACAGGUUUGUGUUGAAAAAAACUUGUAAAACUCUUUUCAGGAAAACGUUUGCUAGCCCACAACACGGCGGCGAACGCGUUUUCAUCAGCGAAAAUGAUCGAGAAAUGACUGAAAUUAUCGCAUUUUUUGCAGAGUGAUGCCGCAACUGUCAGAGAAAAGGCCGAAUUGCCCAGUCUGAGCCUGGAUAUUCUUCCGUUCGAUGAAUUGAUCCGCCUGUGGGGAGACACUCGCGUAAAAGAAGCAUUCGAACACAGGGAUCGGUUUCACAUUAGCAAUUCUCUCGCUCAGUACGUCUUUUUCUCUCUCGUUUUCCUCCAAAUGUUAUAUAUUUUUGAGCUUUCUGAAUAGUCUGGAGCGGAUUAGAGCAAUAGAUUACUCUAUGAGCGACGACGAUAUCCUUCAAGCACACGAGCCCACCGAAAGAAGGUAUACGGCGCGGAUGGUGCUCGGAAGUAUACAGAUCUCGUACGCAGUUUUUGGGUUUCGCCACGAAAAUGAUUGGUUUUUUUGAAGAAUAUACGACGUAGGCGGACGCCAAGAACGUCGGCAAUGGACGGAUCUGUUUUAUGAUUUAGAUGUGGCAAUAUUCAUAACGGCUGUCAGCGAGUUCGACCAGAAGUUGGAGGAAGAUGAAACAGUUGUAAGGCACUUUUUCAGUUCAGGAUCACAUGAAAAGCACACUUUUCAGAACCGAAUUGAUGAAUCGAUGAAUUUGUUCAAGCAUGUGAACACGUGCUUUUUAAAAAUCAUUCCCAUGAUUCUAUUAUUCAACAAACUGGAUUUGUUUAGGGCGAAAUUGACAGGCAACGCGUUUAAGGAGGCUUUUCCUCAUUAUGAUGGUAAUAAAAACAAAAUGAUAUCGGUUGAAAACGCUCAUUUUUUUGCAGGACCAGAGGGUGACUAUAGAAGAAGUUUGAAUCAUAUUGCGGAAUCGUUCGAUUUAUUGCAUCCGAUUGAACGUAGACAGCAACUUUACAAGCACGAGACGCAACUCACGGACAAGAAUGAGACUCUGUCGACCAUCAAUGAGGUCGCUUAUAUAGUGGUUAGAGCGAAUUGGCAUGCAGACCCGCUUGUAUGAAAGAUUACACUUAUUCUACUUUCAUUGAUAACGAUUGCUUUUUCUUAAUGACGUGCAUUGUUUAUACGUUUUUUUGUGAAAACUUGUAUUUCCAUUGUAAAAAGAAGUGUAUUUUGUAGAAUAAAGUGGAUGGAACUGAGAAUUUUAGAGUAAGUAUGUUUUAUUUUCUCAGUGAUACGAAAGCAGAAAUGUUCAUUUUUGGCAGAAUACGAUUUGUAUCGACUUUUUUGGUUUUUUAAUGGAAUUCUCCAGUUUUCGAGCGAGCUGUUUAAAGGAGCAUAACGCAUUUUACAGCGAUGGUCUCGAAGCGAUUACCGUCUUUUUGCGGCUAAUAUUAAAAAAACCGGGGGGAAAAGCAGAUGUUUUUCGGGUUUUUGCGAACUGUAUUAGCAUUUUUUUUUCUGAAAAAUGUUUAGUGCUUCAGAGUAAAUUUUCUGCGCUCCUAAAAAUGGGAAACAGAUGUUUCUCGUCGCUCCAGAGGGCACCUAGAGUUGGACCAGCGGUCGGCGAGCGGAAAAUUCUAUUAUUGGGCACCGCAGAGUCUGGAAAAUCGACUUUUUUGAAGCAGUUUCUGUGAGUUUCCGCGAAAAAAAAAAUCGAAAAUUGUGAACUGUUUACAGAAUUUAUAACGGCAGGAGCUAUGCGGCAGAGGCGAGUGAGCUGACAAGCGUUUUAUCCAGCAAUUUACUUCAAGGAAUGGUCAGGCUUUUGAAUGCGAUGAGAGUGAUGAAUCUCGCAUUUCAAGACGCCGCGAGAGUGGUUUGUUUUUUGCAAUAAAACAUGUAGUUUUCCGUUUCUUCUCUGCAGAGUGAUGCCGCAACUGUCAGAGAAAAGGCCGAAUUGCCCACUCUGAGCCUGGAGAUUCUUCCGUUCGAUGAAUUGAUCCGUCUGGGGGCAGACAUUCGCGUACAAGAAGCAUUCAGGCACAGGGAUCGGUUUCACAUAAGCGAUUCUUUCGCUCAGUACGUUUUUCUCUCUUGUUUUCCUCCAAAUUCAGCUAUUUUUUUAGUUUUAUGGGUAGUCUGGAGCGGAUUAGAGCACCAGGUUACACUCUGAGCAACGAGGAUCUCAUUCAGUUACGUGCGCCCACAAUUGGAGUGAAUUUGGUGGAACUGGGCGUCGGGGAUCUUACAUUCAAGUCAGUAUGUUAUGGAGGCAUUUUUGUGCAAUCGCGCUCUACCGCAAUCCAACUGAAUUCACGUGGUUUGCGGUAGAGUGCGAUUGGAGUGUCAAAUGCAUCCCUAAUAGUUGGGUCUCGCCACGAAAUGUUCAUAUCAUUUUCUAGCAUUUACGACGUGGGCGGGCAACGAUCGGAACGUCGGAAGUGGGUUUCCGUAUUUGGUGGCAUGAAUGUGACAAUAUUCAUAGCAGCCGUCAGUGAGUUCGACCAGAGAUUGGUGGAAGAUGAAACAGCUGUAAGGCAUUUCUUUUUUGCUAAACUCAAUUUAUCUCUAUUGCCCCUCGGUGUUUGCAGACUCGCGCCGAAAUUUCUGAAAUUAGGUUUGAGUACGCAGACACCGAGGGGGCAAAAGCGGUAAAUUGAGUAUAAAAUGUAAUUUGACACUGCAGUAUCAAGCCCUCAGUUUUUUGACGAUUUGGGUCAUUUCCAGUGACCGGUGGAAAAGAGCCUUAAAAUCAAAAGUGUGGCAAACAGGCAAACAUUUUUGACCUUACAAAUUUGGAGAAAACAUGAUUUGUUUCGGUAAAUUGAAAAAAUCGAGGAAAUACUGUAAAUUUCAAUGCUUUUGGGGUUGAUUCUGCAGUGUCAAAGUAUUUUUUGAAAUUUUCUCCCCUGUAAGCCUCCUCUAAGUGUAGAGAAUACAUUCAGAAUCGACUAGCAGAUUCGAUCAGUGCGUACAGAUCGAUGGUCAACUCGAGAUGGUUCAAAACAGUGCCCAUGAUUCUGCUUCUGAACAAGUGCGAUUUGUUAGAUGAGAAAUUAUUGCAAAACAGACGUUUCAAUGAGGAGUUUCCUGAAUAUACAGGUAAGAAAAAGUGCAUACAAUUUCCAUUAAAAACGCAUUUUUUUGCAGGAGAAAAUAACUUUACCGAAUGUAUUGCCUACAUUAAGAGGCUUUUCGCAGAUACGUAUACACCAAGUCCGAAUCAGGAAAGGAAGACAUUCUAUGUGCACGAGACGGUGUUCACGAACAGAAGAGAGACUGCAGAACUCAUCAAGAUUGUCACUAAUAUUGUGGUUGCCGCGAAUACGAGAGGAGCCACCGUUUGA